ACACCGACAAUGGAUCUCAAAGUAGAAGCUGAAGAAAUGGACGCAAAUCAACCUCCACCCAUAGAAGUUUUUGCACACAGCUCGACUCUGCACGGAAUCUCCCACAUCUUCACCUACGAGCGGGUCUGCGUCAAGCGCUGCCUGUGGGUGGUGUUUUUCUUGGGGUCUCUGACUUUCCUGCUGUUCGUGUGCGUGGACAGGAUCCACUUCUACCUGGAGUACCCGCACGUCACCAAACUGGACGAGGUCACGACCCCCGUCAUGACGUUCCCCGCGGUCACCUUCUGCAACCUGAACGCGUUUCGGUUCAGCCGGGUGACGCGCAACGACCUGUACCACGCAGGAGAGCUGCUGGCCCUGCUCAACCAGAGGUAUGAGAUCAGGGACAUACAUCUUGUGGAGGAGAGUGUCCUGGAGAGCCUAAAGGUGAAAGCCGAUUUUCAUAAUUUCAAGCCGCGACCCUUCAACAUGCGGGAGUUCUACGACCGGACCGGCCACGACAUCAACGACAUGCUGCUGGCCUGCCACUUUCACGGCACCGAGUGCAGAGCGGAGGACUUCAAAGUGGUCUUCACCCGCUACGGGAAGUGUUACACCUUUAACGCCGGCGGUGAUGGGCGCACUCCUCUCAUCACCACCAAGGGAGGUAUGGGUAACGGACUGGAGCUCAUGCUGGACAUUCAGCAGGAUGAGUACCUGCCUAUCUGGGGAGAAACAGAUGAGACUUCAUUUGAAGCCGGGAUCAAAGUUCAGAUCCACAGUCAGGACGAGCCGUCCUUCAUUGACCAGCUCGGGUUUGGCGUGGCGCCCGGUUUUCAGACGUUUGUUUCCUGUCAGGAGCAGAGGCUGAUAUAUCUUCCUCCUCCCUGGGGAGACUGUAAGGUGUCAGCGAUGGAUUCAGAUUUCUUUGACAGUUACAGCAUCACGGCCUGUCGCAUCGACUGCGAAACUCGCUACCUGGUGGACAACUGCAACUGUCGCAUGGUGCACAUGCCCGGCGAUGCUCCCUACUGCACCCCCGAGCUGUAUAAAGAAUGUGCUGACCCUGCUCUUGACUUCCUGGUGGAGAGAGACAAUGAUUUCUGUGUGUGUGAGACGCCGUGCAACAUGACCAGAUACAGCAAAGAGCUGUCCUUCGUCAAGAUCCCAAGCAAGGCCUCCGCUAAGUAUCUGGCAAAGAAAUACAACAAAUCUGAGCAGUAUAUUAAAGAGAAUAUUCUGGUUUUAGACAUAUUCUUUGAGGCUCUCAACUAUGAAACUAUUGAACAGAAGAAAGCGUAUGAAGUGGCUGGACUUUUAGGUGAUAUCGGUGGUCAGAUGGGACUUUUUAUCGGAGCGAGCAUUCUCACCAUACUGGAGAUAUUUGACUACCUUUAUGAGGUGAUAAAGUACAAGUUGUGUCGUUGCUCCAAUAAGAAGCACAAGCACAACAACAACAACAACAACGACCAGGGAACGGUUUUGAGCUUGGACGACGUCAAGUGUCACGUCAGUAACUUUCACUAG